UUGUUCUGUCGCAAGUGUGAAGGCCAUGGACGUCAGGUGGUACUGAAAGGACAUGCCAGCAAAUGUCCAUACAAUACUUGCAACUGUAAAACGUGUUCGAAUGUGAUGUCGAUGAGAGCCAAUGCAAUUAUUCGGCGAUAUCGAUCUCGUACUACGGAAUGUGGUCUCGUUCUUAAGCCAGUACAUUUCCGCAACGGCAACACACGACUUCGUGUUUUCCCUAAAUAUCUUGAUGGUGAUUUUGAUUCUUCUUUCGAUUCCCUGUCUAAUAGUUGUAGCGCAUGA